ACUAUCACUAUAUAUAUCAUACAAUAUUUCGGACCUAUAAAGAGAGAAUUUGAUGAAAAUAACAUUGACAUACAAAUUCUCAGAAAAAGCUCGCUUGUAUACUACAAAUACGGUUGUUACAAUAAGUACAGUUAUAUCAUGACACGAGGGAGUAUAUAGGAAGUUUUUAGAAUUAUAAUAAAAAUAGUCUCAACAUACUAUCAGAGUCGCGUGGAAUAUGGCGUCUAAUUAUAUAAAAGAUGAACAAGGCGGAACAUUUAUUCCUGCCAGCCAACGUCCGGAUGGUACAUGGCGUAAACCACGACGUGUAAAAGAUGGAUACAUACCGCAAGAAGAAGUACCCUUAUACGAAAGUAAGGGCAAACAAUUUGUAAAAAACAAACCGAUUUAUCCUGUUGGAGCAAGUCCAGAGUUCAUAGCUCAACACAAAGCUAAACAAGAGGCUUUAGCAGCGAAAGCAGCUAAGAGUGUAGCAAAUGUACAACCAAAGCCAGAAAAUAAAAAGAAAAAGAGGAAAAGUAAAAAUAAAAAUACUGAAAUAAUAAUAGAGGAAUUAUCAAAAACUACUAUCUCGCAAGCUAAAGUUGAAGAUAAAGUGUCAGCGUUGAGUAACGAGAUAAAUAAGAUGGAUCAAACAAUUGUCGACACGGAAAAAAGAAUAAAAGGUCUUCGUAAGAAGAUAAGGGAAAUUGAAUCAUUAGAAGAAAAAAUAAGAAGUGGUUUAUUAAAAAAUCCGGAAAAAGAGAUUUUAGAAAAAAUGCGAAGAAAGAAUGAGAUUAUGAAUGAAAUUAAAACUUUAGAAGGGAAAUCAUAAGAUGCAAUUAUUUGAGAUAUUGAUACGAAUCAAAUGUGAUGUUUAUUAUUUUCUAAUUCAAAGAAAUUAUAUUAAAUAUAAUUAAUUAUUAGUAUUUAAUAUUUGUAGCAUGCAUUAAUCACAUUUCUCUUUUAUAAUAAUUACAAGAUUAGUCUUACGUUACGUAUUAAAUAUUUUAUUGCGAUUUGCAAUAAAUAAUAAUCUUGACAUAAUUUUUAAGAAAAGAAAAAAAAAAGAAAAGAAACAAUUACAUUCAAAUUAAAACAGAUCAUCACCUUGUAAUAUAUAUAUCGUAUGUAUUAUAUACGAAUACAUCACAUAUUUUCCAAAUUUAUUAAAAAUCUCUAAAAUUCAUUAGAGAAUAAACCAUCCUGUAAUGCUAGUAAAAUAAUACAAUCGGAGUUAUGUAUUUAGAUGUAAGAUUCAUAUUGUUAAACAUCAGACUUAACAAUUUUUAAUUAAACAAAUAUCUUAGAUUUAAGAAAUGUAUUUCUUUAGUAUGACAAAAUAUCGUUAAGACUGGUGUACCUUUUACAUUACACAACUUUUAUAAUGUCCUGUGACAAAAGUUAUAUCAUAAAUCAAUGAUAUUAGAUAUAUUCUGAAAAUUACUUUUUUUUAGUACCACCAAUGCACCUUUUUUUUUCUAUAUAAAUAUAUAUAUUAUAUUUUAGAUGUCUGGUUACAAUAUAACAGUUAUCAUAUACAAAAAUAGUUAGUUAAAUCAAAACGAUUGUCUCGAUUAUUGUAAGCACUUAAAACAAGCUGAAAUUAAAAUGGACA